GACAGGAGGCGAAGCAGCAGCUCAGGUUGUUACCCCCGUUUCCCCUCCCCCUUCCCUUCUCCGGUUGACUUCCCGGGUCCCCAGAAAGACUCCACUGUCCCGGUCCUACCAUGUCCCAGACACAAGAAGAGGAAAACCCUGCGGAGGAGACGGGCGAGGAGAAGCAGGACACGCAGGAGAAAGAAGGCAUUCUCCCUGAGACAGCUGAGGAGGCAAAACUAAAGGCCAAAUAUCCAAGCCUAGGACAAAAGCCCAGAGGCUCCGACUUCCUCCUGAAGAGGCUCCAGAAAGGUCAAAAGUAUUUUGACUCAGGAGACUACCACAUGGCUAAAGCCAAGAUGAAGAACAAGCAGCUGCCCAGUGCAGUUGCAGACAGGAGCCGGGUGACUGGUGACCACAUCCCCACCCCUCAGGACCUCCCCCAGAGAAAGUCCUCGCUCGUCACCAGCAAGCUGGAGGGUGGCCAAGUUGAAUGACGCUGCCUGGGGCUCCUCCAGAUCCUCCACA